ACUUAUUCACACAUAACUUUACAACACAAGUGAACAAUUCAAUGGCAGGUUCAAGGAGAUUGGGUGUAGCCAUGGAUUUCUCUCCAUGCAGCAUCAAGGCUUUGCAAUGGAUGGUGGAUAACAUUGUUAGAGAAGGUGACACCAUCAUUCUUAUUAUCAUUAAUCCAGAAGAGUACGAACAUGGUGAAAUGCAGCUAUGGGCUGUUACAGGUUCACCUCUCACACCUCUGGCCGAGUUCUCCGCUUCUGAUUCUGUACUGUCAAAGAAAUAUGGAAUCAAUCCAAAUCAAGAAGCGAUUAAGAUUUCCACAGCUGCUAUAGAACAGAAAAAGGUUGCUGUACUUGUGAAGAUCUAUUGGGGAGAUGCUCGUGAGAAAUUAUGUGAAUCAAUUGAUCACAUACCUCUUGAUAGUCUUACCAUGGGAAACAGAGGCCUUGGAUCCCUCAGAAGGGCCAUAAUGGGGAGUGUCAGCAACUAUGUAGUGAAUAAUGCAGCAUGUCCCGUUACUGUGGUUAAGAGUUCGGACCAUAACCACCAUUAACUAUUUUUUAUAAUUAUUUUGAUGUAUGAAUUAAUGAGUUUGAGACUUAAUCUUUGUAAUGUUGUUAUCAAAAGAAAAAAGAUUGUAUAUUUGCAUGUGUAUAUCAUUAAAUAAGAGAAAAUGAAGUCGCAGUGUGCAUUUA